AUGGAAUUAUUCGAACUAUCACAUAGGUUUUCAAAAUGUUUACUUGUUGGUGAUUUUAACGCCAGAACCGGGUCAGAGGAUGAUUUUAUAUUUGUUCCCGACAGUGAAUCUCAUGUCGUAGAUAUCGAAAAUAUACCAAUAAAUGCUGUUUGCAAUUUAGACCAGUAUGACUUCUCUCGCAAAAGGAACAGUAGAGAUAAAAUCAAGAACAGGUUUGGAAAUCAACUACUAGAAUUUUGCAAGGGAAAUAACUUCUUCAUCAUGAAUGGUCGAACUCUAGGUGACAUAGAUGGAAAGUUCACAUGCCGAAAUUCAAGCGUUGUUGAUUAUUGCCUAUGCAGCGCAGAACUUAUUCAAAAUUUUACUGAUUUUAAAGUACUUGAUUUUUCAAGUCUCUAUUCAGAUGUUCAUUCCCCAAUCGAGAUAUCGCUGAAACAAACAGAUCAAGAAGUUAGCACCAAAUAUAGCGAUGAUACUAGAACAAAUGAACAAAAAAUAAAUAAUUGGACUAAUGAAAAAUCACACAAAUUCUUAGAAUGCUUGAACCUUACAGAAAUAGAAAAUAUUAAUUCUGAAAUUGAUGGCACGACAGUAGUGACGCAAGAAACAGUAGAUACGAUAAUAGGUAAAAUAGGCAAAGUGUUAAUAAAUUCAGCAAGAAACACUUUUGGUUUUAAAAUCAGUGCAGGAAAGAAGUCAGAACAUAGAAAAAAUAAACCAUGGUUUGACCAUGACUGCAAAACCGCUAGGUCAGAAUUCCGUAGGAUGAAACGAAAUAAAAAUAAGUCACCGUUCCACAGAGCACUUGUGUUAGAUGCCGAGAAGAGAUAUACAAAUACAAUGAACAAAGCACAUAAGAAAUACAGAAGCGAUUUCAGAAAGAAAAUGGAUGAUCUAAAGCAAAAGGAUGGUAAGGAAUUUUGGCAACUUCUAAAUGGAAACAAAAGUACAGCUCAGCCCAAGAUCGAUUUCGACAAAUUAGUCUCAUAUUUCAAAGAAUUAAACAGUUAUCUGAGAGAUGAUACAGAAAAUCAACAAAUUGAAAGUAAUAUUUCCCAUGAAGAAAUAAACGAUGAGUUAAAUAGCAGAAUUACAAAACAUGAAAUUCUUAAAGCGCUGAAAAAUCUGAAAAAUAACAAAGCAUGCGCCGAAGACAAACUGAUUAAUGAAUAUUUAAAAACAUCAGCUCAUGUUCUUAUAGACAUAUAUGUGAAAAUUUUCAACCUAGUUUUCGACUCCGGAAAAAUCCCAAAACAAUGGGUCCAAGGAAUGAUAAAACCUGUCUACAAGAACAAAGGUGACAAACGCAACCCCAAAAAUUACAGACCAAUAACUAUUGUGAGCUGUUUCGGAAAAGUCUUUACAGCGGUAUUAAAUGAACGCCUUAAAAAAUUCUCAGAACAAACAUCUCUUCUUAAAGAAAAUCAAAAUGGUUUCCGAGAAAAAUACUCAACAAUUGAUUGCGCGUUUCUUCUGAACUCUCUAAUUGAAGUUUUACAACACUCAAAAAAGAAACUAUUUUGCGCAUUUGUAGACUUUGAAAAGGCCUUCGAUACGGUUAAUCGUAAUUUCCUAUGGUUUAAAAUGUUGAACAGCAAUAUAAAGGGGAAAAUGUUUAAUACUAUUUUCAGCAUGUACCAGAAUAUUAAAUCCAGCUUGAGCUAUAAUGGUCAAAUUUGUGAGCCGUUCGCUUGUGAAAUCGGUGUCAGACAAGGAGAAAAUCUGUCACCGUUUUUAUUUGCUUUAUACUUGAAUGACAUAGAAGACUAUCUCAUCUCAGAAAAUGUUUUAGGCAUGAAGACAAUAAGUAAAGAUAUAGAAGAAAAACUUGGAACUUUAAUGAAAUUAUUCAUAAUUCUCUACGCGGAUGACACUGUAAUCCUGGCAGAAUCACCUGAACAACUACAACAUGCACUUAACAAAUUUAAAAAGUAUUGCGAAACCUGGAAGAUGCGAGUAAAUGUUGCUAAAACUAAAAUCUUAAUUUUUUCAAAAGGAAGAACGACAAACCCUCCACUUUUCCGAUUCAACAAUCAUCAUAUUGAAACUGUAAAACACUUUAACUACCUAGGAAUUAUUUUCAGCAAAACAGGCAGCUUUAAACAAUGCAAACAAAAUUUAAAGGACAAAGCAAUAAGUGCAAUGUACGAAGUUUUAAGGAAGGGAAGAAUUCACAAUUUAUCAAUUAAAUGCCACGUAGAUUUAUUUGACAUACUGGUAAAACCUAUUCUGCUAUAUGGAUGCGAAAUAUGGGGUUACGAAAACAUAGAUAUACUAGAAAGAGUUCAAACUAAAUUUUUUAAGCUACUUUUACAUCUUAAGCCAUCUACUCAAAACGAAUUCAUUUACGGAGAAUUGGGUCGGUAUCCCCUAGAAAUAGAUAUAAACAUUAGAAUUAUAUCUUAUUGGACAAAGUUAAUUACCGGUAAAGAAAGUAAGCUCGCUGCUGUCAUGUUUAGAUACCUUUUGAAAAUAUCACAAGAAACAACAUUUCGAUCGCGAUCAUUAGACAAGAUGAAAAGUAUUCUAGACAAUUGUGGAUUUUCUUACUUAUGGUCAUUCCAAAAUACACCACCUAACAUUAAAUCGACAAUUAAACAAAGACUAGAAGAUCAGUUUACACAGUUAUGGACAGGAAAAAUAAACGAUUCGCCGAAAGCCCUGAAUUAUCGCCUAUACAAGACAUUACACAAUUUCGAACACUACCUUAAUGUACUUGACGAUAAAGAUGUGAUAACAAUGUCGCGGUUUAGGACCAUGAACCAUAAACUGCCGAUUGAAAAUGGCAGAUGGCAAAACAUUCCCCGUGAACAGAGAAAGUGUCCGUUAUGCAGAGCUGCUAUAGGUGAUGAAUACCACUAUGUAAUGGAAUGCAGCAGUCUCCUGACAAAUAGAACACUACUAAAUGACAAUAAAUACCUAACGAACUGUAAUGUUAUAAAAUUUAAUGCUAUUAUGAACCAAAAACAGAAAUCUAAACUCCAAAAAUUGUGCAAAUUUAUCAGAAUUAUAUAUGACAAACUGGAUUCUCUCUGA